UGUGCAGUAAGAGGUAACCUGGCAAGUGGUAGUGGCGCUUCUCGGGUGCUGUGCUUCACGCUUUGGUACUAAAGGCCGAGACUGUUCUGGCGACGGCGACCUCUACGGCAACAGCUUAAGCUCUCGGAGGAGUGGCAGAGUACGAUCUGAAGGAGGGGCUUCUGGUCAGCCCAGGUUCUAUCAUAAUGAAUGGAUCCAAUAUGGCAAAUACAUCACCCAGUGUAAAAUCCAAAGAGGACCAGGGGUUAAGUGGGCACGAUGAAAAGGAAAACCCAUUUGCAGAGUACAUGUGGAUGGAGAAUGAAGAGGAUUUCAACAGACAGGUAGAGGAGGAACUACAGGAGCAAGACUUCUUGGACCGCUGCUUCCAAGAGAUGCUGGAUGAAGAAGACCAAGACUGGUUUAUUCCAUCACGAGACCUGCCUCAGGCCAUGGGACAGUUGCAACAGCAGUUAAAUGGACUGUCAGUCAGUGAAGGUCAUGAUUCUGAAGAUAUUUUGAGCAAAAGUAACCUGAACCCAGAUGCCAAGGAGUUUAUUCCAGGAGAGAAGUACUGAGCCGACAAAGCUUUGAGGAGGACUUGUCUGUCCCCACAUCUGGGGAUAGUAAUGCACAAAAUAGUGGAGCUGAAGAUGGGGAUGGGACGGGUGAGGGACGCACAGAGGGAAAGGGAGUGAUGGUCUCACGAUACUGUGACUCUGAGUAACUAAUAUGCUCAGUCUUAUUCUACAAGCCUCUGAGUAUUUCUGUUUUGUUCUGCUGAUUUUUGUUUGGCGCAGUUUCCUGUUUUGUUUUUUUGAAUAGCUCUUUCGAGUUAAGGAAAUUGCAUUUUCCCCCCUUCAUCAGGAGUGUUCUGCGGUGUGUGUUUAAACAAAAUAAGCUGACCAAGAAAAACUGGAUAUUUAGGAAAUGCCCCUCUCACCCUGCUGUAUACUUACCAAGGACAGUGAGCACCUGGAGAGCUUUUUGUGGAAUCUAUUGAAUUGGAUGGGAAAAGGGACAAGCAGAAAGAGCAGGUGGUGCAAACCAGAAUUUGAGGCUCAGCUCCCCCAUCGCUGGGGUCUCCUGCAAUGAACUGGGAUAACCAAUGCCCUGCCGAGCCCUUGCCUGUUUGUCCUGAACCCCAUUCAAGAAAACGCAGACUUACAGUACUUAGUUUACAGUAACUUUGAUGAUUGUUGAAAGUUGUAAAUCAGAAGCUGGGCUGUGAUGGUGGUUGUCACUUGAGUCAUUUAGUUACUGUUGUCCUGUUCAUAAGCCUGUGUUCACCAUCACCAUCAGACUCACCAUUUAUAAGUAGAAGAGCACUAUUGUUGAUCUGCCACCUCAUCUUUCAUGAAGUCUAUUCCCCGGCCUCCUUUCCACCCUAUCAUACUCUGUUUUUAAGAAAAGAUAUUGCUGCCAAAAACAUAGGGGAGGCCUGGUGUGCUGGCAAUUAGCAUGAGCCUGCAGAAGUCAUCCUUGAAUCUGUUGUGUCUUAAUUUUAUUUGGACAGCUUUUUUUUUCCAGCCUCAUCAACACUUGGUCUUCCUGGUGUCUCAAUUCCCUCAGACAAGUUUAUGCACUUUUUAAAGGAAAUGUUUUUCAGGACACUAGUAAGAAGCUCAGUUCACAGUUUGGAUAUUUCUUCCCACAUUACAGAAUUUUGGAAAGGAACUCAAAACCAGCCUAGGAAAGUGAGUCCUGCUUGACCCAUGUGACUGUGUACCUGACCCUCUGGCAUCUUUUCAGCUAUUAAAACAUUUUACUGUUCCCACA